AUGCUCGUUGCGAGAAACCACGUUCACAGGAAGGCGCCCGUGAUCGGGGAAGCCCUUCAAGCCGCCAUCGCGAACGUGCGCAGCGACACCGCUCGGGAGGACUGGGUGCUUUGCGGAUUCGACGGAGGGGGGGACAUCCGGCUUUUCGGCACCGGUGUCGGAGGCGUAGAGGCUCUCAAAGCAAGUAUCGUGGAGUGGGAUGUGUGUUACGGGUUAGUGCGCUGCAGCUACACGCUGGAGCAGGCCGGGGACGUGCAAACCGGCUUCGUCAAGUUCGUGUGGGUGUACUGGAGACCGGACAACAUCCCCGUGAUACGGAAGAUGAAGAUUGGGGUCAACGAAGGCGAGAUGAAGUCUGUGUUCGCUCCCUACCACGCCGAACUGCAGGCCUGCGCCCUGCACGAGUUAGGAGAGCAACCGCUCGCCGAUGUCCUGGACAGCGUAACGAUGAGGGCGGACAGGACGAAAACGCGGAAGCUGGAGAGGCCCCCCUCUUCUCCGUCGUUGUUAGCCAGGGGGCGCGCAGCCUGGAAGCUGGCCCGCAGCGCCCUCCCCUCGAUGCCCUUCGCCCACUUGGCGACUGCUGACGAGCAAAAGAAGGUGGCAGCGAGCGCCAACGUGGAGUUCGAGGAGCCGAAGGCCUUCGGCAGGGCCGUCAAGGACGUGCGCUCCGACAUGAGCUUCGCGGACUGGUGCCUCCUGGGCUACAAGAACGAGACCGUGCUCCGCAUGGUCGGCACUGGGAAGGGGGGCCUCCAGUGCCUCCUCGACGCGGCAGAGCCGUCCGGCGUCAACUACGGCCUUCUCCGGGUGUCGGAGAAGUUUGACGGUGUUUUCCACGAGGCCUACUGCUUCAUCUCUUGGAUACCGGAGAACAUCCCCGCCUUCGUAAAGGCCAGAGUCAGCACCCAUCAGGGAUCCGUUGCCACCGCCUUCCGGAAGCACGUGCACUGCCAGUUCUACUUCCGCGCGUCGGAGCGUAGCGACGUCACCAUGGACGUCAUCCGCAACCGCGUCUGCCAGAUCAUCGGAAAAGCGGCGGGGGCGGGGGCGGGGGCGGGGGCGGGGGCCGCGGCGGCGGCGGCGGCAGUGGUGCCAACGACGACGGAGACAGCAGCGGCACCGGCGACAACCUGCUGCCAAAGCGAGACAGACCCUUAA